AUGCGAAAGAGCCGUGAUCUUGUCAGCAGUGGGCAUUCAGAAUCACUGCUUCAUCAGCCACAAAAUCGUCGCUUUCCAAAUGCUUCUAUAUUACCACCCAUAAAGAAUGCUACCACAGUUCCAGAUGGUCAAAAAGCUCUAGCUCAACAACGACGUAGAAGUCUGAAUAAAGAUGCGGUCGUCGAUGAGGAUUUCUCGAUGCUUUUAAGUCUUCAAAACGGUACAGCAGCAGCUACUAGUAAAAAUAAUCAAUCGAUGAUGACUGCUGCAAGCAAUAGAAGUAAAAGGCCAUUGAUCGAACAUGAAUUCAAUGAUGAGGACGAUGACGAAUCAGAUGAAUAUGCCAAUGACGACAAACAAGGAAAUUUUUGUUGUCAUAAGAAGUUAUCAAAUGAUGAUAAAAUGAUCAUUUGUGGCUCAGAGAUGAUGGAGGUUGUUGAGGUGAUGCGAGUUAAGAAAAAUUAUGAAAAUUUGAUUGGUGCUGAUGCGGAUGAUAGAAGGCAACGAGAGCAACUGCAUUGGUGGUGCCAGCGGCGUGAAUCAUCCGAACUGCCAUCGAAGAUACCGAUGGCAGCAGCAGCAGCAGCAGCAGCAGCAGCAGACGUCGUUGACGAUGUUGAUGGCGUUAUGCGACUCGUUUUCGACUCGGAUUUCGAUUGCUAUUUUGAUCCAUCCACCGGUCAAUAUUACCGAGUUUUACCAAAAAAUAAACAAUGA